AUGGUUGGUGUGGAUCCUAAUAAUGACAUGUAUCCUAUUGCGUAUGCAAUGGCUGAGGUGGAGAAUUAUGAAACAUGGUCAUGGUUUUGUCAAUUGUUGGCAGAGGACCUUGGAAUUGAAAACAGCAGAGGAUAUGUCUUUAUCACAGACAAGCAAAAAGGCUUAAUUGAUGCAGUACAUGAUCAUUUUCCAAACGCUGAGCAUAGACACUACCUCAAACACUUAGAAGCAAAUUUUUUGCUUGCUGGUCACAAAGGAUUGGUGUUGAAAUUGCAAAUGGAGAAAAUCGCAAGGAGCACAACCAUUCCAUGGUGGGAUGCUGAGAUGAAAAAGAUGAGACAGCUGAACCAAGCUGCAUUUGAUUGGGUGGCGGUCUUAGAUCCAUCACAAUGGUGCAGAGCUCACUUUAAAACUCAUUCCAAGUGUGACAUCCUUUUGAAUAAUAUGUGUGAGGCUUUUAACGGUGUCCUUGUAGAGGAUUUUGGGAUUUUGGAGAAAACGAAGAAAGAAUCAGCUUGGUGCAUUCUAAAGCUUGUUGGGGAUAGUUUAUAUGAGGUCAAAAACCAUGAUGGAAGUCAGGUUGUGGUUGAUUUGGCGAUGCAUUGUUGUUCAUGUAGGAGAUGGGAUAUUACUGGGAUCCUAUGCAAGCAUGCUUGUGCUGCCAUUGGCCAAUUAAAUAGGGAUCUUAUUGCUUAUGUUGAUGCUUGUUACAAGAAGAAGGCAUUUAUGAGAGUUUAUAGUCCAAUGGUUCAUCCAAUGACAAGUGAAGACUUGUGGCCUAAGUGUCAUAGGCCUCCUUUGAUGCCACCACUUUAUCACAAACAACCUGGGAGACAAAAGAAGAAGAGGAUGAGGUCAGCAGGUGAACAACCAAGCAAAUCUAAUCAUACAGCCACCAAGUUACAGAGGUAUAACUUGGAAACCAAGUGUUCACUUUGUAGACAAGAAUGCCAUAAUAGGAGGAGUUUCCCUAAGGCAAAAGAAGGCAGCAGCAGUCAGGUGAAGGAAUCUGCCCAAGAUACGACAUCAACCAAAAGGUUUACAAGACAAUCAAAAGCCAAGCAACUUGUGAGAAAAAGGUUGGAAACUGGCCAGUGUUCUCAAACUCCACAUGGUUCUGAAACAGCCCAAGCUUCCCAAAUUGCCCCGGCCUCAGCAUCUCAAACUGCCCUACCUUCAGAAACUAUACAAGCAUCUCAAACUGGCCCAGCUUCUUAA